AUGCGGCCUGUGCUCAUGACGCCUCUAAGGGGGCGCCUGAGCCGCGGCCGGAAAGACUUGCUUCCCGGUUCUGGGCAGCGGGCACAGCUGGCCCCUGGGGGGACAACAGGCUUCUCCAGCACUCGGUUCCGCACCGCACACAGCUUCUCGGGGGGUCGGGCUGCUGCAGGGCAGUGUGGCCAACAGCCCGCCAAGGCCUGUAAAUGCCCUUACACCUCCCCGGGGCGUCACCAGUCCGGCUCUUCCCAGAGUUUAGCUACUGUUGGCGAUUCUCCUGUAAACAUCAGGGUACAGGAAGUGAUGAGUGAUAAAGCAGAGGACUUCGCUGUUGGGCCCAAAAGUCAAGUGAAACGUUCUGGAAAAUCCAUCACUCCACCUCCAUUUAAGAAAAGGCUGAGCAUGCCUCUGCUGUCAGUGAGAGAGGAAGGAGAGGGAUCAUCCCAGCCUGAGGGCUCAGCCAUCUGUCUCUCUGCAGAUGAGCCCAAGGUCACAGCAAUGUCUGUGUUGGGAGAUGUGCCAGAUCAACUACCAAUACCAGUGAAAAUUAAUAUGGAAAUAAAAGAGCGAAUAAGGAAUGAAAUUCAACAGUUUGGAGGAAAAUAUGAAAAUAUCCUCAAAUUGCUUGAAGGAAUGCAAGGAUCUCCAGAAGUGCAGAAAAAAUUUGUUGUAUAUGCCAUGAAGGAAGCGGCAAGAUUUAAAAGACAAGACUUAAUAAGGCACCUGCAAAAGGCAUUAGAAAAAUUAGAACCUGACCACCUCCUCAAGAAAGACAAUCACACCCCGAAAUUGUAA